CGAAGUAGGCGGGCUCUUCCGGUGUCAUGGCGUGAAAGUGUGAGUCCUGAACGCAGUGCUGAGAGCCUUGCCGCUUGCUAGGACACCUGUGACUUCUGCUGGCUGCAAGCUGCAGGAGAAAGCCUCUGAGACCCUGAAGCCACGCAAUGGAGGCAGUGACUUUUGAGGAUGUGGCUGUGAAUUUCACCCUGGAGGAGUGGGCUUUGCUUAAUCCAUCCCAGAAGAAGCUCUACAGAUAUGUGAUGAGGGAAACUUUUAGGAAUAUGACUGCUAUAGGAAGAAUCUUGGAUAACCAGGAAGUUGAAGAAAAGUACAAAAAUUACUGGAGAAAUCAAAGAAAUGAAGAGGUUGAGAAAUGCUAUCAAAAUAAAGGCUGGAACCAAUACAAAGAAAUAUUCCUUUGCACCCCAGAUGCUGAUGUGGACAUGAAACAAGCUGGUUUAAAACCAGCGGAACGCCUUCCUUGUAGAGAGCCCCUGAUUGGGCAUUUGUCACUAGAUAGACCCAUCAUAGCUCACACUGGGCUCAAGACAUGUGAGUAUUUGGAAUCAAAAGAGAAGCUGUGUAAGUGUAAUGAACAUGGAAUAUGCUGUGGUGAUUUCCUGUCCUUUCAGAAGGAUACAAGAACAAAGACUGAAGAAAAACCCUAUAAGUGUGAUCAAUGUGGGAAAUCCUACUUCGAUCUUCAUGAAAGAACUCACCUUAGAGAGAGGACCUUUGUAUGUAAGAAGAAUGUUCAAGUCUCCAGCACACCCAAUGAUGGUCAGGUCCAUGAAGGUACUCACACUGGAGAGAAACCCUAUGUAUGUAAGCGAUGUGGGGAAGGUUUUAGUAUACAAGAUCAUCGUAAAAUUCAUGAAAGGAUUCAUACUAGGGAGAAACUUCGUGUAUGUAAAAAAUACAGGAAAGCAUUCAGCGGUCCUAAUCAAUGUAAAAUACAUGCAAGAACUCACACUCUGGAGAAACCCUAUGUGUGUAAGCAAUGUGGGAAAGUGUUCAGCAUACGUAGUACUUGUCAAAGACAUGAAAGGACUCACAGUGAGGAGAAACCCUAUGUAUGUAAGCAGUGUGGGAAAGCUUUCAGCAUGAGUGGCACUUGUCACAGACAUGAAAGAAUUCACAGCGGGGAGAAACGCUAUGUAUGUAAGCAAUGUGGGAAAGGUUUUAGCAAAGCUUGUUACUAUAGAAGACAUGAAAGAACUCACACGGGGGAGAAACCCUAUGUAUGUAAGCACUGUGAGAAAGCUUUCCACAGUUACAUUGAAUGUAAAACACAUGAAAGAAUUCACAUCGGGGAGAAACCCCAUGUAUGUAAACAAUGUGGGAAAGCAUUCAACAGGCCCAGUCAGUGUAAAAUACAUGAAAGAACUCACACUGGAGAGAGGCCCUAUGUAUGCAAGCAAUGUGGGAAAGCUUUCAGCAGGCGCAGUGUAUGUAAAAUACAUGAAAGAACUCACACUGGAGAGAAGCCCUAUCUAUGUAAGCAAUGUGGGAAAGCUUUUAGCACACGAGAUUAUUGUAAAAUACAUGAAAGAACUCACACUGGGGAGAAACCCCAUGUAUGUAAGCAUUGUGGGAAAGCUUUCAGUAGGCACAAUGAAUGUAAAAUACAUGAAAGAACUCACACUGGGGAGAAACCCUACGUAUGUAAGCAGUGUGGCAAAGCUUUCAGCAUGCCUAGUGCUUGUCACAGACAUGAAAGAAUUCACACUGGGGAGAAACCCUAUGUAUGCAAGCAGUGUGGCAAAGCUUUCAGCAUGUCUAGUACCCGUUACAGACAUGAAAAAAUUCACAGUGGGGCCAAACCCUAUGAAUGUAAGCAAUGUGGCAAAGCUUUUAGUACACUAAAUUAUUGUAAAAUGCAUGAAAGGACUCACACUGGGGAGAAACCCUAUGUAUGUAAGCAAUGUGGGAAAGCUUUUAGGUCUCAAUAUUAUUGUAAAGUACAUGAAAGAACUCACACUGGGGAGAAACCCUAUGUAUGUAAGCAAUGUGGGAAAGCUUUUAGCGUUCCUAGAGCUUGUCAAACACAUGAAAGAACUCACAGUGGGGAGAAACCGUAUGUGUGUAAGCAAUGUGGAAAAGCUUUUAGCAUUCAUGGGGCUUGCCAAAGACAUGAAAGGACGCACACUGGGGAGAAACCCUAUGUAUGUAAACAGUGUGGGAAAGGUUUUAGCAAGGCUUCUUAUUGUAAAAGACACGAAAGAACUCACACUUAGCAUUAAUUUUGUGUAUGAAAGCAGUGUCAGAAAGCUUGUAGUGUGCCUAGAACUUGUCAAAGACAAACUCACAGUGGGGAGAAACCUUAUGUAUGUAAGCAAUAUAGAUCUGUUACAAGUACAGAAUCACACUGGAGAAACUACAUAAGCGUAUUUUGGAAAUCUUGAGUUGGGCAUGGUUGUGCAUGCCUGUAAUCCCAGCACUUGGGGAGUAGGGUGCUGAAGCAGGAGGAUCACAGUGAGUUUGAGGCCAGCCUAAGAUACAAAGUGAGUUUUAGGCCAGCUUGAGCUGCAUAGUGAAACUGUCACUUUUUUUUUUUCAUUUUAAAAUUAAAAAGAGAAAGAAAAAGAAAUCCUGUGAAAAUUUCUCCUGCAGUGGAGAACUGUGGGAAUAAUUAAUGUAAAGAGCUUGAUGUCAAUGUUUCUCCAUAAAAUUUCCACAGAGUACAAUCCAAGAUAGAAGUAUCCUAAAAUACAUAUAUUCAGUAAGUCACUUAAAUAUCUGGAUUAUGUGUCUGCAGGAUUUAAUACAGAAAUAUUGAGUUGACAUAACUAAGUACUUUAUGUAAGUCUCUGAGCUUACUACAUUGUAUUUUAAUUAAACUUGGUGAAUUUUUCUUUCAAAUAGAGUUAGUAUUUAUAUAAUUUUUGUUUAGUCUUUACAGUUGGAGAGUAUAGGCCACUAAACUCUCAGUUUAGGUAUAGGCCACUAAAAACUCAAUUUUGUUAAUUGCUUUUGUUAUUUGUUGGGAUUUUGCCGUUACCUUUGUUUUAAAUAUUUAGUAUCUUUUAUCUGUAUUCUGUGUAACAGGAAAUAUUUUUAAUUUGAUGUCAUUUUAAGUUAUUUUCAGAGACUUUGGCCAUAUGUUUUUGACAAAGUCAGUUUGUUUCUGCACAUCUUGUACAUUAGCACAUUAUAUUUCUCAUACAAUAAGGCACUUGCUUAAAUUCCAGCAUUGUAUAGUAUAUUGUGUAUGUAAUUUUGCCUAUUUUUCUUUAAUAUUAGGGCCAUUAUUAUUAUUACAUAAAAUUUUGUUUUCUUACCAUCAAAAUUGUGCUUUUCUUGUUUAUGUUCAAAUGACUUAAUUUGGUGGUAAUUUUUCCACUACAUAUACCAAAAAUAACUCACACUGCAAUUAGUUUCUGAUGGCUAUAGACCAGCAGGAACAUAACUUGUUAUGGAGAGAUUUAUUACGAUGUAUAGUUCAGGCUGGCAUUGAACUCACUGUGUCAUCCAGGCUAACUCAAAUUCAUGACAAUUUUCCUGCCUCGGCCUCCUGUGUGCCGGGAUUACAGGCAUGUACCACUAUGUUUGACCACCAUUAUUGUUUUUACUGAAUAAACAGAAAAUGCCAUAAGUGAAAACCUAACUCACAAGAGAGAUCAGUUUUGUAAGAGGUAGAAUUUACUAAAUUAUACUUAAGAUUGUGGUGUUUUUGUCAGUUCGAGAGAUAAAUUUAUACAAUGCCAUUUUUCAUUAUUCAUAAGGAGCACUGUCUAAUGUUUGAGGUAUGUAACAGAUGCUUUCAAGCACAUAGACUUGUUAAAAGUGUGUGUCCCAGUUGGCCUCCUGUAGCCUACAUUUUUAAAUAGCAUCUUGACGUUGAAAUAUUUUGCAAAAUUUUUACACAGUGCUCUCAAAUACAAAAGCUGCUCAAUUUCUGCUUGGGGUUAUACUUUUAGUGUCAUGCAAAGUAAGUGAACAGUUCAUUUUUAAAUACCAAUAAUCCAGUGAACAUUUAACUUGCGCUAGUUUUAAUUAUGCUCAGACAUGAAUAAUUCACCAGUUGUAUAAUACUAUAUCUGAAAUAACUGAUACAAUUCAUGAAAUAGAAUACAUUGCAGAGUAUGUUGUCAAUUUUUACACCUACAACUUACACCUAACUUCCCUGCAGCAAAUUUCUGCUUCUUACCAUCAACAGGAAGAUAGGCAGUGUGUAUUGCUAUUCCACUUUGUGAUGAAAUGUUAAAACUACAAGAAGUUUUACCGUGAACACACUUAUUUUCCCAUUAUCUUACCAUGAAAAAAAUCUUGCUGGGCCUUGUGAUGUGUUUGUAAUCCCAACAACUCAAGAUGCAGAUAUGAAAGGAAAACAAAAUUGAGGUCAGCCUAUUCAACUUAGUGAGACACUGUCUUAAAAUAUAUUUUGAAGUUCUGCAGAUGUAGCUCAGUGAUUUGGGACUCUUAGAUUUACUCUCUAGUAUUAAAAUUACUUUAAUACAAACCUUUACACAUCAGUGUUUGUCCUUUUCUUACUUUAAUAAUGUGUAAAGGUCUAAGACAAAUGCAAUGCUGUAUUCCUUUAGUUCCAGCAUUAGAAGAGGCUGCUGAGAUAGGAUGAUCAUGACUUUGAAGCGGUAGGGGCUGGGUAGAUUCCUUUGCAAACUAAAACAGUUGUCUUUAUGUCUGUAUUUUAAGUUUAAGGAAAGAAACAACUUUAGGUUACGAACAUAAACCUAGGAUGAUGUUUCUUUUAUCACUAUUGCAAAUCAUGGUUCUGUUGCUCUGGAAAUAAUCUUUUCAUGGUAAUAUUGUUACAGCAGCCAUAUAUAUGCCUGCAUCAUCGAUUAAAAUAUAAAAAAGUAGAACAUGAAUAAGAAGCAUUCCUUGGUCUGAAUAUAGGAGAGACAUUGAAAAAUUAAUUUUCUUAAUGUUGUUCCUAGGGUCUGGUAGGAAAUAAAGUGAGAUGACACAAUAAUCAUAUAAAAUUGAAAAACUGCACAAACAUGGAAACAAAGUGAACAAAUAACCUACAAAAUGGUAAAAUGUUUUCUAUCCAUUCUGUAGGGUACUAAUAAUGGAAAAAAACAGGAGAGUAAAAUAAAUAUACACUUUUUGGAAGAAGUACAAAUUGUCAAUAAAUAUCUGAAAAAAAUA